GGAAAGCGAGAAAGAGAGAGAGAGGCGGAAAACAUGGGCAAAGAUCUGAGCGAUGACCAGGUGGCCUCCAUGAAAGAAGCCUUCACCCUCUUCGACACCGAUGGGGACGGCCGGAUCGCCCCGUCGGAGCUUGGAAUCCUAAUGCGCUCUCUCGGCGGCAACCCUACCCAAGCCAAGCUCAAGGAGAUCGUAGCCCAAGAAAACCUCACCACCCCCUUCGAUUUCCCCAGAUUCCUCGACCUCAUGUCCAAGCACAUGAAGCCCGAGCCCUUCGAUCGCCAGCUCCGCGAUGCCUUCAAGGUCCUCGAUAAGGAGUCCACCGGCUUCGUCUCCGUCGCCGAUCUCCGCCACAUUCUCACCAGCAUUGGCGAGAAGCUCGAGCCGGCUGAGUUCGACGAGUGGAUCCGGGAAGUCGAUGUCGGGUCCGAUGGGAAGAUCCGUUACGAGGAUUUCAUCUCUCGGAUGGUGGCCAAGUGAGGAAUUGGGUCUAUCGUGAAACGCUUUCUGCAAGUGGUUUUGAGUAAGAUUUGGUUUUUUGGGUUGUUGUGUUGUUUUGGGAUUAGGGUUUGUUUGAGGCCAAUGGUGUUUGAAUUGUUAAAGUGAUGCUGACUCUAUUAGAGAUUUGGGGUUCUUUGUGUUCAUAUUUAUGUAGUUAUAUGAGAAUUUGGCAUUACAAUUUCUAUGGUGUUAACAUUAAUUUGAAUAUUUUUUUUUCCCUUUUUCCUUUCUGAA